CUCCAAAAAUUAAAUGCUUUGAACUUAACUUCAAAGGUGCUAAUUGACAUGUAGCUCAUAUCUUCUUACUUUAUUUUACAAAAAGUUAACCAUUGAUUUUUGACAAGAAUUGGUAUGCACAAUGAUUUUAGAAAGGGUUUUCAAAAGUUAUAUAACAAAUAACAGAAAUUUGUAUGCAAAGGCACACAAAGGUAAGAAGUGCAAUUUAAAAAAUGGAAAUGUGUAGUUCUGGUUUGGAACAACUUAAAAGGUAAAAAAAAAAAGGUGAAAGCGGUUCAUAACAUAAUAUAUUCGAAGCAAAAAGAGGUAAGAAGUUGAAUGAAGUUAUUAUAAAAAUGCAUUGAAAAUUUUAAUCUACAAUGUUCUUUCAGCAAAAUUCAAGCCUACAAAUUGGAAAAAGGUUGAGAAGGAAAUAGAGAUUUGUUUUUCAAUUUCGUGUGUUUGGUUUAGAUUAAUUUUGAACGUAUACGCUUUUGCACGACCUUCAACCAAUUUAAUUAACUCACUCAAUCUAUCCCACUCUGCCACCUCUCUUCUAGAGAGAAAAAUAAUGUAUAAUAUAUAUAGAAGUGGUAGAACAAAAUUGAUUUUAGCAAUUUCGAAAUAAUUUUGCAAAAGUUAGAUGUAAACAAAACGAGUAACAUGUUUUCAUUCCUUUUUACUUUUUGUAUUUACCAAAUAAUUUAAUCUCUUUCAUUGAUUAACUUUAUCUUUCAAUUUUAAUCUAUUAUUUAUAAUUUUCGAAAACCUCUCUCUUACAAUUAUACAUUUUAAAUACAAAUUGAUUGACUCCAACAUAUUAUUUCACUCAAUGGACCAAUCGAAAUCGAAAUGGAAGGCAACAGUGGGUGAAAAGCCACCUUGAAGACGGAGUCAUCACCUACGUCUUCAACAUAAAAAAGCAGAGAGAAAGAAACUCAAAGGAAAUGUAAGGAAGACCCAACAACCAGACCAACAUUUAGUUGUUGCAUCUUCUAUUGACUAAAAACACUCAAAAGCAGCCAUGCAAGAAAGCAACUUCUUCUAUUAAAACUUAGAAUUAGAUGCCCAUUUUCCAUAUUUCCCCACUUUCUAUACCUUAAUUUCAAAAUUAAAAUGGUAAUCUCAAAUAAAGUUUAUGGAGUUGUAAUGAUGAUUGUGUUCUGUGGUUUGUUUGUUGUGAGCUAUAGUUUGUUUGAAACAGGGGAGACCCGGUUGACAUUGGAUUACUAUACCAGAACUUGUCCCAAUGUGUUGCAGAUUGUGAGGAAAGAAAUGGAGUGUGCUGUUCUUUCUGAACCACGUAAUGCAGCUUUUGUUGUUCGAUUGCACUUUCAUGAUUGUUUCGUUCAGGGGUGCGACGGAUCGGUUUUACUGGACGACACAAUAACAUUACAGGGAGAAAAAAAAGCUUCCAACAACAUACACUCUCUCAAAGGCUUUAGAAUCAUUGAUAGGAUAAAGAACAGCAUUGAAUCAGAAUGUCCUGGGAUUGUUUCUUGUGCUGAUAUACUCACUAUUGCAGCCAGGGAUGCUGUUAUUCUGGUGGGUGGGCCUUACUGGGAUGUUCCACUAGGAAGAAAGGAUUCGACGAGUGCAAGUUAUGAACUUGCAAACACAAAUCUUCCCUCUGCCAAUGAGGGGCUUCUCAGCAUCAUCUCGAAGUUUCUAUAUCAGGGUCUCUCGGUUACUGACAUGGUAGCUCUAUCAGGAGCGCACACGAUCGGAAUGGCGAGGUGCGAGAAUUUCAGACAGAGAAUUUACGGGGAUUUCGACGCAACUUCAGAUCCAAACAACCCGAUUUCGGGGUCGUACAUCGAGAAGUUGAGGUCAAUUUGUCCAUUAGUUGGUAAAACAGGAGAGGACAACAUAACAGCAAUGGACAAUAUGACACCAGAGCUAUUUGACAACUCUUAUUUCCAUAUUUUGAUGAGAGGAGAAGGGGUUUUGAAUUCAGAUCAAGAAUUGUAUUCAAGCCUUUUGGGCAUAGAAACUAAGGCAUUGGUGAAGAAAUAUGCUGCAGAUCCAAUUGCUUUCUUUCAGCAAUUCUCUGAUUCUAUGGUGAAAUUGGGAAAUAUUACCUAUUCUGAUAGCUUUGUCAAUGGGGAAGUUAGGAAAAACUGCAGGUUUAUUAACACAUGAUAGAACAAAAAGGGAAACUAAAUCUUUUUUAUUUUAUUUACAAAAGAAUUGUUCUGAUAUUACAAACAUUGUAACAACUUCAUUUUGCAAAUUUGUUUGAGUAUUAAAGCAUAGGGAGUUUGAUCUUCAAAUCACAAUGUAUGCCUUUUGAGUUUUAAGUUAAAAUCUUCUAUAUAUUAUAUAUGAAAUUCUGUGUU